UUUGUGCGCAGUGGUUCUGCAGAGGCCAGCCCACGCGUGUUCUCCAUCCGUUGGAUUGACAUCUUGUCCCCUCUCUCUCUCUCUCCUCACAUUCUUCUUCGAAGAAAUUCCUCUGCUUGGCUUUUAGGGUUUCUCGAAUUUUGUCACUUUUCUCUCGAAAGGGUUGACGGACUAACCCUUUUCGGAAGGUAAGGGAAGAGACGAGGGAGGAGGAGACGGAGACGAAGACGAAGACGGAAAGGAUACGUGGAGGUUUCUGUUUAUUAUUUCGAAACUUACGAUUCUGGGUUUUUUCCAUUUCGCCUCUCGUGUUUUUUUCCCCGUAUCUUCGUUUUCUUCAUCUGGGUUGUUUUGUACUUGUCCUGAUUCUCGUUUGCUCUUCGAUUUCCGGGUUAAACUGUUUCGGCAAAAAACAAAGAAGAUUCUGGUUUCGGGUCUAAAUUUCGUAUUGAUUCCUUCCUUCUCCUUUAUAAUUUUGCCGCGGAAACAUGUAUCCUGCAAAACCCUUCAGCCUUGGAGGCACCAUUGUUGAAUUUGAGGAAUACCCAUCUCUUCCUUUCCCUCGAAGUUGCUUGUUCAUAUAGAAACAGAGCCGUUGGUAAUCCUUAUUUUCAUCUGGGUAUUCUGGUGAACGCUUUGAUUUUGCGUUGAGCAUUCCCCCGAUCCUGCGUAAAAAAAAACAUGGGUUGUGUUCAUUGCAAGUGUUGUAGCCGUUACCCUUCGUCAUCGUCUGACGGAGAUUCUAAGAAUUACGGAGAAGCCGAGGAGUACAAUGCUGACAAGGGAAAAGAGGCUGUCGUGCAGAGACCACUAGUGUCAGUUCAUGUUCCUUCGCACAACUUCGAUCUGCUGUGUUCUGUACUAUCGCAGAGAGGUUACUACCCUGAUUCGCCUGAUAAGGAGAAUCAAGACACUUACUGCAUCAAGACUCAGCUCCAAGGUAACCCAAAUGCCCAUUUCUUCGGUGUAUUCGAUGGCCAUGGCGUUUUUGGUGCGCAGUGUUCGAAUUUCGUCAAGGAAAGGGUUGUGGACAUGCUUUCAGAAGACCCCGUCUUGUUUGAUGAUCCAGAAAAAGCCUAUAAGUCUGCUUUCCUUAGGACGAAUGAGGAGUUGCAUGAUAGUGAUAUCGAUGAUUCGAUGAGUGGUACCACAGCCAUUACCGUUCUUGUCGUUGGGGAUAAGCUGUAUGUCGCCAAUGUAGGUGAUUCAAGGGCGGUUCUUGCUGUUAAGGAUGGGAAUCGGAUUCUGGCGGAGGAUUUGUCGUAUGAUCAGACGCCGUUUAGGAAAGAUGAAUGCGAGAGAGUGAAGUCGUGUGGGGCUAGAGUUCUUAGCGUUGAUCAGGUGGAAGGGCUGAAGGAUCCCAAUAUCCAAACGUGGGGGGAUGAAGAGAACGAAGGCGGGGAUCCACCGAGACUGUGGGUUCAGAACGGAAUGUACCCUGGUACUGCAUUUACGAGGAGUGUGGGAGAUAGUACAGCCGAGGAUAUCGGAGUCAUAGCCGAUCCAGAAGUGUCAAUGGUUCAUCUCUCGCCUAACCAUCUGUUCUUUGUCGUUGCUAGUGAUGGCAUCUUCGAGUUCCUUCCAAGCCAGGCUGUUGUAGAUAUGGUGGCGAAAUAUGCAGAUCCACGGGACGCAUGUGCUACGGUUGCAGCCGAAUCAUACAAAUUGUGGUUGGAGCACGAAAACCGUACAGAUGAUAUCACAGUUAUCAUUGUACAGAUCAAAAACCUGUGUAACGCUUGAAAUGGAUUGUGUGUUCUUCUUCUCAGCUCCCUUGCCUGAGAUUCUGUUAAAUGCCAAGAUCCAUCUAUUACUACAAUUUACAAGUACUAUAUGCUCGGGAUGAUGAGCCCCUUUUAUAUUCGAAAUCCGGCUUUUUAUUGUA